AUGCAGUGGGCUUUCCUGAUUCGAGAUUAUCGUGCAGGGAACCUCACCAAAGAGACAGACCGCGGGAUCGCUUUUGCCGGCAUCGCUCGCGCGAUUCAAGCCAAGGCUAACGUCACAUACCUGGCUGGUCUCUGGAAGGAGUUUCUUGAGUAUGACCUGCUAUGGUCUGUGAGCCCUGUCCCGGUCAACGUCACGGACUAUGAACGGGUUAGAAAGGAGUCAGAGCCAGCGCCAAGUUGGUCCUGGUUCUCUAUCCCAACAUACAAAACGGCUCUCGGAAACGAUAUUCUUGAUUUUCCAUUCCGAACAACGAUGCAAACAUACCGACAUUUCUCGAUAUACAACGCGAAGACAGUCUCAUAUUAUCAUCCCGACAGCUUGGCGAAUCCCGACUUAAUACUGUACAAAUUUGUUGGCAUGACCCUGACAAUCAGAGCAAAGCGAAUUCCUUGCACGCUCGAGUGGAGAGACGCUCUGAAGCUACUGUAUGUGCUGCCUUUGGGGGAUUACAAGUGGACGUUGGGCAUGAAGAAUGUCUGGCUGAAAGCAAGUCAACAAUGGAUUCGGUCCAAAUGCCUUAAAUAUGCACACGAUGACCCUCUUCUUACGGAAGAAGACCAGCUCCCUCAAGAUGCCUGCAUGAUACUGACUGUGGAACAAGCAUUCUGCACGGAUCAUUCUGCCACAGAACAUGCAUAUAGCCUGGGGCAACAGCAAAGAGGGGAUAUUCCAGGCUCUUGGAAUCUUACUUAUCAGUACGCAGGUAUUGUGGUCGUACCAGUAGACUCAAAGGAUGCUCAAGAAUUGGUACGUUGGCGACGUAUCGGUGUUUUCAUCUUCAGUGACGACAUUGAAGAGGAUGGCUUCACGACACCAUUCGACGACUAUGGGGCUGCGGAAGAAGAUCUUGUCUUGAUCUAA